CUGUGAGAGAGGCGGAAGUAGAGACUCAGUACCACAUCAGUAAUCUCCACCGUUACCCUGUUCUGGAACUAUGGACACUCUAAUACUGGAGCCUUCGCUGUAUACUGUGAAAGCGGUUCUUAUCAUGGAUAAUGAUGGAGAAAGACUGUAUGCCAAGUAUUAUGAUGACACAUAUCCUACAGUAAAAGAGCAAAAGGCUUUUGAGAAGAAUAUAUUCAACAAAACGCACAGAACAGACAGUGAAAUCGCUUUGCUUGAAGGCCUUACUGUUGUAUAUAAGAGCAACAUAGAUCUGUAUUUCUAUGUAAUCGGCAGCUCACAUGAAAAUGAGUUAAUGCUCAUGUCAGUCUUGAACUGUCUGUUUGACUCCCUGAGCCAAAUGUUAAGGAAAAAUGUGGAGAAGAGAGCUUUACUUGAAAAUAUGGAGGGACUUUUCUUAGCUGUGGAUGAAAUCGUUGAUGGAGGUGUCAUCCUGGAAAGUGACCCACAGCAGGUGGUGCACCGAGUGGCUCUGAGGGGCGAUGACGUGCCUCUGACGGAACAGACAGUCACUCAGGUGCUGCAGUCGGCUAAAGAGCAGAUCAAAUGGUCUCUUCUACGAUAAAUGUGCAUCUUGCACCAAGAUGACCAGACAUUGAUGCAUGCAUCACCACUCCCCUCAUUACUCUUGCCUUUUUCUGUGUUUUUAAAUAUGUUCUGUACUGACAUUUUAUGGCCUCUGUUAAAAGAAAACAUUUUCACUUCAAGUUGAGCAAACUUCUGUUCAUGAAUCAAUAUUUGGAUUCUUUUCCAUUUAUUCUGCACAGAGCCAGUAUCAUAAACCAGUUCACACUAUAGAGGGAGUAAAAAACGUGCUUUUGUGACAGGACUUGACCUUUACGGAAAAGUACCAGGGACUUUCUGAUAAUUCCAUUCCACUUGGGUUUCAGUGUGUGUAAGAUUUCACUACUGUGUGCAUGGAGAUGUGAUCUCCAAAUCUGGUUCAUGUACAUUCCAGUGGUCAAUCCUUCCUACAAUCUUUCCAUGUUCAAUAAAAAUCACUUAUUCAA